AUGGCGUCUUCCAGGUCCUUCUACGCUGCCUUCGAUCUCUGCGUCUGUCUGGGCGUCCUCUGCGUCGUCUUCGUCUGCUUCUGGAACUCGCAUUGGCGCGGCGGCUUCGCUUGGGACGGCACCGAGUCGCAGUUCAACUGGCAUCCUGUCCUCAUGGUGACCGGGAUGCUGGUUCUGUACGGCCUGGGUGCCGUGUUGUACCGCCUCCCGUGCACCUGGUCCCAGGGCAAGCAGCCCUGGAAGAUCCUCCACGCCGGCCUCAUGCUGUCCGCCCUGCUGCUCUCCAUCACCGGCUUGACCGCCGUCUUCCAAGUCCACCGGAACCUGAAAAUCCCGGACAUGUACUCCAUGCACAGCUGGGUGGGACUCUGCACGGCGGCCAUCUUUGCCUGUCAGUGGCUCCUCGGCGUGGUCGGCUUCCUCUGCCCGUGUUCUUCGCUGCGGUUCCGUGGCGGCCUCAAACCGCUCCACGUCUGGAUGGGAAAGGUGGUGCUGAUGCUGGUUUUGGCCUCCUGCAUCAGUGGAAUCAACGAAAACCUCUUUUUUGCUCUCAAUGGAGUCUCUGCAGCCGCGUACAGCUCGCUGCCACUAGAGGCCUGGUUUGCAAACACCCUGGGGGUGCUAAUCGUUGCCUUCGGGGUGGUCUUGUUCGGAAUCCUGUCCAAAGCAGACUGGCAGCAUCCCGACGCCAACAACGAAGAGACUGCCCUUCUACUCCGAGAGGAUCGUUCUGGUCAACUAAUCGACAACAGAGUGAGGGUGAAAGAAGAAUCACAUGAUGCUGACAUUUAA